CCACAAUCAGCUCGGUUCACGUACAUAGCGUUUUGGCUAGUUACAGGCGGCCGCGUUUCCAUUUCCCAAUCCCUUCCCAAGUCACAAUCUGAAUGUAUAAAAAGGCUCGGUUGUCUCGCCGUCAAACCCACCCCAACCUACCCACCUCACCGACUUCCACUGUUACACUUCUAUCGGCCUGUUUCGCUAUCCUUGAUUCACGUUUUUCACCAAAACCCGUUCAAAACACCGUUCAACUGCCGAGAAUCUAUCCAAGACGUACUUCGCCUGUCCACCAUGAAAUAUCUGUUAUCAGCAAGCAUCUUAUUCCUUGGAAUUUACGGGCCUCCAAACAGUCAAGCGAAGCUGUUUGAUUGCCCAGUGAACCGCCCUAUCGGUGCUUGCUCUUCCGUCGACCUUUUGUCAGCUACAGCCAACUGGCAACUCACUGGAGCAGAGUGCCCGAAUAAAGCUAAACCGCGGACAUUCAAAUUCUGCGACCCUUCCGUAUCCACGAACUGUUGCGAGCCUGGGGUUCCAAUGAGCAAUGACGUGUCUUCAGCAACGCUCUCGGGACGUUGUACCCUAAUGAAACCACCUUCUUAGUUUUUUUAUUUUAUUAAGAGACAUGCGCCCUUCUGAGUUCAGAAUCCCAUGAGCUUUGCAUCCCAUGUACUCAAGUGAGAUAACAAG